AUGGCUAAUCUUACAAAACUCGAGUUUGUUGCCCAUAAUGUCUCGAGCAAGAACUACCUAUCAUGGGUGUUGGAUGCUGAAAUUCAUUUAGAUGCAAUGGGUUUUGGAGACACCAUAAAAGAUAAAUAUAAAGCAUCCAAGCAAGAUUGUGCUAAAGCAAUGAUAUUCUUGCGUCAUCAUCUUGAUGAAAUUUUAAAAAUUGAAUAUCUCACCAUCAAGGAUCCACUUAUUUCGUGGAAUAACUUGAAAGAAAGAAUUACUUCUCAAUUGAAACUCUAUGGAGAUACAAUUAGUGAUUCUGAUAUCUUUGGAAAAGCAUUCUCCACCUUUCAUGUCUCGAAUGUGCUCCUACAAAAAGGUUGUGGUUGCACUCAUGGUCGUGGUCGUGGUCAUGGUCGUGGUCAAAAUUCUUCCCUUGGGGCUAAUUAUUCAUCAAAGAAGAAGCAUCACCAGAAGGGGAAUAAAAAGAAAGAUGAGAAAUGUGAAGUGGCAGAAACAAAAUCACUAAAGAAGAAAGAGAAAAAUCCUGAAGCUAAUUUUAUCUCUGAGGAUCAAGUUGAUAUUACUCAUUUGGAUGUAGCCAAUUUUUUUGAGCACCUUGAAGGAAAAAUAGAUCACUUGAUUGGUGAUGGAUCUAUUGUUAAGGAUGAUUGA